AUGGUUUCCGCUGAUGUGGAGAACAAAAAGAGAAGAACCGAGAUAUCAAACGGAGUGGUGAAAGCCGCUGCAGCUCCGGUUGGGUCCAGAAUUUUCUCGCCUUUUAGAGUGAUAGGAAAUGUCACAAAUGCGGUACCACUUGCCAUUGGAACCCUGGGACAGACGUUCUACAUAGUGACCUGUGUGGGCCGUUCUUUCCAGAUCUUUGAUGCCAAUACUCUUCAGCUUUUGUUUGUCUCCAACAAACAGACGCCUUCCCCUAUCACAUGCUUGGAAGCUCGUUUUCACCACGUUUAUUGUGCACACGGGAACAAAAUCGGAAUCUUCAAGAGAGGUUUGCUCGAGCACGAAUUGGAGUGCCCAGUAUCAGAGGCAGGUGACAUCCUAUUCAUGAAUGCUUUUGGUGACUUUUUGGUUGCUGCAACAAAAACUGAAUUGUUUGUAUUUAGAAAGCGUCUGGAUGACAAGUAUCCGACAGAAUUGUACCAAACGUUGACAAUCAAUCCUCUGGACGGUGAGGUCGUUGGAAUCGUCCAUCCUCCAACAUAUCUGAAUAAGAUUGUGGUUGCAACAUCUCACGGAUUUCUAUUGCUUAACAUCAGAACAGGCAAGUUUUUGCUCAAAGUCACUGAUUUCAAGGAGUCGAUUACCUGCGUUCAAUCUGCACCUGCUCUGGACAUCAUCUCUUUGGGAACAGCUAAUGGCAUUGUGUUUCUAUACAAUCUCAAAAAGGGAAAGAUACACAGAAAGAUCCAAAUUGGCAUUGACACAAGGAUCAACGACAUAACUUUCAGAACCGAUGGAAUCUCACAUCUAGCACUUUCAUUGUCUAGCGGUGACAUAUUUUUCUAUGACCUGGAGAGAAAGAGCCGCAUCCACCUUUUGAGAGGUGCCCAUAAAGAGGUGAAGGGAGGAGUAGCAUCUACUCGUUUCCUGAACGGUCUUCCUAUUUUAGUCACGAACGGUGGUGAUAACAGCUUGAAAGAGUAUGUUUUUGAUGCCCCAAUGUCUACAUCAGAUUCUUCAAUAGUCUCACCUCCUCGUCAUUUGAGAUCAAGAGGUGGUCAUUCUGCCCCUCCAACCUCCAUCCAGUUUGCAGACUCGAAAUCUCACUACAUACUGUCUGCAUCUUCAGAUCGCACCUUUUGGGCUUUCUCGUUGAGAAAGGAUGCUCAAUCACAACAGUUGUCUCAAAAAGAGUCCAAGAACUCAAAGGCACCUGCUGGGGGUCAGAAGUUCCCAGAGAUCACGAGUAUUGCCCAGGAGUCUGCCCGGGAGAGGGAAUGGGAGAACGUGAUGACAACCCACAAAAACGAGACUUUCGCGAGAACUUGGAAUUCCAGAAACAAGAGAGUGGGAAGAUGGAACCUGAACACCAUCGAUGGUGGUCUUGCUACCUCUGUAAGCAUCACUCAGUGUGGUAACUUCGGUCUGGUUGGUUCGUCUACUGGAGGCAUUGGAGUGUACAAUCUUCAAAGUGGAAUUCUGCGUAAAAAUUACAAGCUUCACACAAAGACGGUUACCGGCCUGGCCGUUGACGGAAUGAACAGGAAGAUGGUCUCGUGUGGUCUUGACGGAGUGAUUGGAUUCUAUGACUUUUCCAAAUCAAAGUUCUUGGGAAAACUCAAGUUGGAUGCACCAAUUACUCACAUGAUUUAUCACAAAUCGUCCGACUUGAUUGCUGUUGCUCUAGAUAACCUGUCCAUCGUUGUCAUUGAUGUGGUCACCCGCAAGGUUGUCCGUGCGUUCUACGGACACACCAACAGAAUCACGGCUUUGGACUUUUCUCCAAACGGAAGAUGGAUCGUGAGCGCUUCUUUAGAUGCUACCAUCAUGACCUGGGACUUGCCAACCGGAUCCUGUAUCGAUGGUAUUCGUGUCGCAAGAGUAGUGACGGACCUAAAGUUCUCCCCUACAGGUGAUAUGCUCGCUACCACCCAUGUCUCUGAAACAGGUAUCAGCAUUUGGACCAACAAGGCUCAAUUCAAGACGAUCUCCACUCGUCAAAUCGACGAGUCUGCGUUCACUGGAGUUGCACUGCCCAAUGUGUCUGGAGAUGCCGGUGUGACCAUGCUGGAAGGAGCAUUUGAUGCCGACGAAGCUGAAACGGAUGCUGAUAUUCACGUGCUCAAAGAUCAAAUUGCAGACAAUCUGGUCACUCUGUCGCUUGGCCCAAGGUCAAUGCUGAGUACCCUGAUAAACCUCCAACAGAUCAAAGCCAGAAACAAGCCCAAGGAGGCCCCCAAAAAACCCAAAGAUGCUCCUUUCUUUCUGCAGGCUGGUAUCAAUGGCUCUUCAUCUUCACCAACUCUCGACGAUGGCUCAGAAAUUGCAAGCGGUUCAGUUUUGCUCAAUGCAGACAGAAAAGCCUCCUACGAGUCUGCUUUCACUAAACGUCUGAGAGAAGCUGCCGAGAAUGAAAGCUAUGACAAGUUCCUGGACUAUCUAGUGUCCUGUUCUCCAGCCAUUGUGGAUGCGGAAAUCACUUCUCUCAACAGCUUUGCUCCAUUCACUGAGAUUGCUUGGUUCGUGUCAGCUCUGACUGAGGGUCUGCGUUCUAACAAAAACUAUGAGUUAAUUGAAGCAUACAUGACCCUUUUGAUCAAUGCUCACGGAGAUUUGAUAUUUCACCUCAAGAAGCAAGACGUUGAGUCGGAUGACCAACAUCUCAAUGAUUCAGACGUCGAACCAGACUCCACCGGUGACUCUGAACUGCUGACUGCUAUCAAGAAAUGGGAGGAAGCCAAUCUUGCCAAGAACAGAAACCUUGAGGGCCUAGUCAAAUACUGUUCAGGUGUUCUCAAUUUCUUGAAUGAAAUUUAG